AUGGCGACCCUCAACGUCAAGGAUGCGCUCUCCUACUUGGACCAGGUCAAGGUCCAGUUCGCAGAGCAUCCCGAUGUGUACAAUCGCUUCCUCGAUAUCAUGAAAGACUUCAAGAGCCAGUCCAUAGAUACGCCCGGCGUCAUUGAGCGCGUCUCGACCCUUUUCCGCGGCCAUCCAAGCCUCAUCCAGGGCUUCAACACGUUCUUGCCCCCGGGCUACCGCAUCGAGUGCAGCUUGGAUCCCAGCGAGAGCAAUCUCAUCACCGUCACCACGCCCACCGGCACCACCACACAGACACCAGGCGGAGUCGGCAUCGCCGGCGCCAUCAACCGCAUGAGCGGCGCUUCAUCCGGCCCACCGCCAGGACCUUCCAGCCAGCCCUCGGCUCCUAGAGGUCCUGGCGGUAUGGGCGGCAUGAUGCACGGCUCUGCACCGCGCCAUGCCGAGCAGCCUCCUUCGCACAUGCAUCCCCCUCCCCACGCUCACGACGGUCCUCCUGGUGCCAUGCCGUACAUGGGCGGUCCUCCGGGCCAUCCCCUGGCUCAUGGACCUGGUGGUGCCGGCUUUCAGGGUCCUGGCGGUCCUCAGCAUCCUGGACAUGGUCCCGGUCCGGGUCCCAUGGGUCCCGUUCCACCCCAUCAUGCUCAUGGCCGUCCUCAAUCCCCCAUGCCGAUGGGUCCAAGCGGUGCCCCUCCGAGUGGACCAGGCUCGAGCGGCCAUGCUGGCGUACACAGUAGCGCAGCUGGCCCCAUGACGCCCGUCCAGGAUCCAAAGCGCCCACCCGUCGAAUUCAACCACGCCAUCAACUACGUCAACAAGAUCAAGCAGCGCUUCUCGCAUGACCCCGACACAUACAAGCAGUUCCUUGAAAUCCUCCAGACCUACCAAAAAGAGCAGCGCCCCAUUCACGACGUCUACGCGCAAGUGACGGUCCUCUUCGAGAACGCAAAGGACCUACUCGAUGAAUUCAAGCAGUUCCUCCCGGACACCACCGCUGGAGCACAGCCAAGCGGCGGUCUCUUCAACAUGCUCGGCCAGGUCACCUCGGGUCUAGGCGGCAAUGCUCCUGGAAGCGCACCGCCUGGCGCCAUCCCCGGUCAGCAGGGCUUCCGAGCUGCACCUGCAGACGGCCCCGAUCGCAAAGGAGCCGUCUCCGCGAUUCCUGGCGCACCAGGUGCUCCCUCGUCUGGCUCGCGCAAGAAGCGCAGCGGGGCCAACGACUCGGGCAAGCCAGGCUCUGGCAAGACCAAAAAGUCAAAGCACGGCCACAAGGCUGAGCAGCGCACCCCUCCUCUUCGCCAGGAGCCCAUGCCAGCCUCGCCCACCUUCACGCAUCCGGGACAGAUGCACCACGUCUACGGCAUUGACGGUAUGAUUGCUGCCGAGGCUACGGGUCUUGUGCCGCAGGGUACUGUUGUCAACGGCCUCGCCCUCGGUCAACCGCAAGCUCCCCUUGCGACACUUGACGAAGUGGCCUUUUUCGAUCGCGUCAAAAAGCACAUCGACGACCGCACCACCUAUCUCGAUUUCCUCAAGCUGCUCAACCUCUACACGCAAGACAUCAUCGACGUCAAGACGCUCGUCGACCGCGCUGCCCUCUUCAUUGGCGGCAACCGCGAGCUCUUUGCCACCUUCAAGGGUCUUUGCGGCUACGACAUGGGCCGUCACGGCUGGCUCGACAACGAGGACCCUAUCGUGGAAAACGUUCCCGCUCCCCUCCGCGAGAGGGUCGACCUCAACAACUGCAAGGUCUAUGGCGCCUCGUACCGCAAGCUGCCCAAGUCUGAGGUCAAUCUGGCCUGCUCGGGACGAGAUCCUAUGUGCUGGGAGGUGCUCAAUGACGGCUGGGUCAGCCAUCCCACGUGGGCUUCCGAGGGAGAAGGCUUCAACCCGCACAAGAAGAACCCCUACGAAGACGCGCUCUACCGAUCCGAGGAGGAGAGGCACGAGUACGACUACCACAUUGAGGCCAACCUGAGGACCAUUGCGCUGCUUGAACCCAUCGCCGCGCGCAUCUCGACCAUGGACAACGAAGAGAAGGCUGCCUUCCGACUCAAACCAGGUCUCGGCGGUCAGAGCAAGAGCAUCUACCAGCGUGUCAUCAAGAAAGUCUACGGUCGCGAGCAGGGUCUCGAAGUAAUCAACGCCCUACACGACACGCCCUGCGUCUCCGUUCCCAUCGUUCUGCAUAGGCUCAAGCAGAAGGAUGAAGAGUGGAAGCGAGCUCAGCGCGAGUGGAACAAGGUCUGGCGCGAGGUCGACGCGAGAAACUACUACAAGAGUCUCGACCACCAGGGUGUCAACUUCAAGGCUUCCGACAAGAAGGCCAUCACCGCCAAAGCCUUCCUUGCCGAGAUCGAGGCGCGAAAGCUCCAGCAGCAGCAACGCAGACUCAGCAUGGAUCCUACGCUGCCACGUCCCAAGCCUCGACAUCAACUCGUGUACGUGAUGGACGACAUGCACGUUUUGACUGAUGUGCUCAAGCUCGCCUUUAGCUAUCUCGACCGAGCUACUGGAAGCUACAGCUCCAACGACCGCGAGAGGAUCGAGGCGUUCCUCCGUGCUUUUGUUCCUAAGCUUCUUGCUGUCGAUGCUGCCGAGUUCGAGGAGCUUCUCAACGGCGAUAUCGACCUGGACGACGACGAUGCCAAAAGCACCGCUGACGACGACGCUAGAAGCGAAGGCACCGACGAUGAUACCGAUGCCUCGUCUUCUGCCUCUGGCUCGGCUGCCCGUCGAGGCAAGAAGCAAGCGGCUGACUUGCGCAAGAAGAUCCUCAAAAGCCAAGCAGAGACUUCCAAGCAGAACGAGGAUGGUACCGAGGAGGCUGUCGAUGCGACGGGCGCUGCCGCGUCUGCCAAUGCGCGUGCCUCCAGCCCCACGAUCGUUGCCGACGUGGACUCUGCCGUGGAGGCGCUCGCGAACCAGACCUCAAACACAGUCGCUCCCGCCGUGAGUUCGGCUGAAGAUGCCGACAUGGAAGAUGCUUCCAAGGCGACUGAACCCGCUGCCGUUCCUUUCGACGAAGCGACAAAUAAGCCAACGGCUUCGGAGGCAACCGCCGAUGCCGGCGAUGAAACCAAGGCGACCGAGGCCGGGGAAGCUCCCAAGGAGGCCGCAAGUGGAGAUGCGGCCGACGCCGAAGGGACCCCGGGUCCAAAGGCAUCUACGUGGAUCAACACCGAUCUCGAUGCCACGUUCGACUCGCAAAAAGGUCAGAACAUCAAUGUCGGCGACGCUGUCGAGGACCAGGAUGCUUCGGGCGCGUCUGUGCGACCCGUCAACUUCUUCUGCAACAGUCAGUACUUUGUCUUCAUUCGUCUACUGCAGUUGCUCUACUCGCGUCUCCACAAAGUCAAGGACCUCGGCGUCCAGAUGGCCAACAAACAGCCUCAGCACAGCAAGAUCAACCCUCUGGCGAUCGAGCUAGGUCUUCAAGAUGGCGGCAGCGGUCCAGCUGCCGUCAUCGGCGCAGCUGCCAACUCUUCGAGCCUUGGACCUGUCGCACCCACCAACGAAGAGGCUGGCCUUACGCUCCAUCCCUCGCGCUACUACGAUACGCUGCUCGACAUGUGCGAAAAGCUGUUCGAUGGCGACGUGGACCAGGCCACAUACGAGGAGAGCGUCCGCUACAUGUACGGCAUCGAGGGCUACAUCGUCUUCACCCUGGACAAGGUGAUCGGCGCCAUGAUCAAGGUGGUGCAGUUCUUGACCACCGACAGCAAGUGCCAGGAGAUGCAGGCCAUCAUGGACGCCAACCGUGCCAAUCCGCAGAGCACGCUCACAAGCUACCGUCAGCAGAUCGCCGACCGCAUGGCGGCCGAGGGCCUCAUCGGCAAGGACGAGAGCCUCUUCCGUCUCGAGUGGGUGCCAACGUCGUGCACUCUACUCAUUCAGAUGUUGUCGAAGGACGACCUUACCUUGGACGAUGCAAGGACCGUCGAGCAGGGCUGGCUACACUACAUGUCGAGUUACAGCCUGUGGACGCCCACCGAGGGUUUGCCAGCCGAGGCCCAGGCUCCGUUCAUCAAACGCUCUGUCUCGGGCAAUGACGACGAGGCCAGCGAGACACGCUACGUGACGCGCAGCGGCCUCGAGAUCCGUAUCUGCUUGCGCACGUAUAAACUCUUCUUCCACCAGGGUACCGAAGAUGUCUUUGUUCGGCUCCGAUCUGAAGAGGAAAAGACCGAGCUUGAUCGCAAGGCUGCUGUCGUCAGCAAGCGCCGCACGCAGCGAUGGAACGACUGGCUUUCGGCGCGUCGACAGGCGAUCGACAACCCGGAGGGUGCUGCCGCGGACGCCGUCGACGAGACUGCACAGGAGACUGCUGACGAUGCUGCUCCUAACGGCACCGAGUCGGUCGCUGCCGCUGCUGAGCCUAUCGUGGAGUCCUAG